AUGAUUGGCAAGAUCAUCAUUGGAAAAUCCUUCCGGGGUUGCCUGAAGUACUGCCUGCAUGACAAGCUCCAGCAGACAACCCAGGAAGAACAAAUAAUGAAGGACCGCGCGGAGAUAAUUUGCUUUAACCAAUGUUUCGGAAACGACAAGGAACUCAUCCGGCAGUUCAAUGAAGUCAGGGCGCUAAACCCCAGGCUGGCAAAACCAGUUUUGCAUAUCACUUUAAGCCUAGCGCCGGCCGAGAAACUGCCCAACCAUAUUCUUUCUGAAAUGGUAUCGGACUGUGCUAGGGAAAUGGGAUUUGAGAAGAACCAGUACCUGGCUGUUUUACACAAGGAUACCCUUCAUCAGCACAUACAUAUUGUGACUAACCGGAUAGGGUUUGACGGGAAGACUUUGUCUGACAGUAACAAUUACAAAAAGAUAGCCGCGUACUGCCGGAAAAUGGAGGACAAAUACCAGCUGCAGGAAGUACUCAGUCCUGGCCGCUUUCUAUCCAAAGAGUUAAAGAAAGUGCCCAGAAUGGACGCUCGUAAGGAACAGUUAAGAAGCGAUAUCAAAACCUGCCUGGCCAGUUCCAGAACCUACCUGGAAUUUGAACAGCAAAUGAUAUCCCUUCGCUAUGAAAUUAUCAAAGGCAGGGGAAUUGCAUUUGUGGAUCCGCAGAAAGUCUAUACAAAGGGUAGCGACGUUGGAUAUUCACUGGCAACUAUUGAAAAGAAUUGGAGCCGAAAGGCUGAGCUGCAAAGUAUGCAAACUAGCCAGCCUGAAAGGCCUUUUUCAGACAAUUCGAGAAGGGAUAUUCAAGAAAUUAAAGAGCUAGCUGAAAACCAGGAAUUGAAUCUGGAAAAAUCCAGGCAGUUGAAGACAUUGUUAUCACCAUCACAACCAUUUGAGGAACAGCUUAACCCAGCCUUUAUGAUAAAGAAAAAGCGAAGGAAACGUAAAAGGCAGCGGCUCUGA